UUGGCACAUCAUAAGUGCUCAAUAAGUGUUAUUUUAUACUGGCUGGGAAAGUGUCUGUUUUGCUAUAUAAAAUUUAAGAAGAAUAUUAAAAUAUAUUUUUGUUAUUUUAAGGAAAUUCGCAAUGAGUCCCAUGACUAUCCUCAUAGAGUGGCCAAGUUUCCAGAAAACAGAAAUCGAAACAGAUACAGAGAUGUAAGCCCAUAUGAUCACAGUCGUGUUAAACUGCAGAAUGCUGAAAAUGAUUAUAUUAAUGCCAGCUUAGUUGACAUAGAAGAGGCGCAGAGGAGUUACAUCUUAACACAGGGUCCACUUCCUAACACAGGCUGUCAUUUCUGGCUCAUGGUUUGGCAGCAAAAGACGAAAGCAGUUGUCAUGCUAAACCGAGUUGUAGAGAAAGAAUCGGUUAAAUGUGCUCAGUACUGGCCAACAAAAGACGACCGGGAGAUGCUGUUUAAAGAAACAGGAUUCAGUGUGAAGUUCUUGUCAGAAGAUGUGAAGUCAUAUUAUACAGUACAUCUACUGCAAGUAGAAAAUAUCAAUAAUGGUGAAACCAGAACAAUAUCUCACUUUCAUUAUACUACCUGGCCAGAUUUUGGAGUCCCUGAAUCACCAGCUUCAUUUCUCAAUUUUUUAUUUAAAGUGAGAGAAUCUGGUUCCUUGAAUCCUGAGCAUGGGCCUGCAGUGAUCCACUGUAGUGCAGGCAUUGGGCGGUCAGGCACCUUUUCUCUAGUAGAUACCUGUCUUGUUCUGAUGGAAAAAGGAGAUGAUAUUAACAUUAAACAACUAUUACUGAAUAUGAGAAAAUAUAGAAUGGGACUUAUUCAAACACCAGAUCAACUCAGAUUUUCAUAUAUGACUAUAAUAGAAGGAGCAAAAUUUAUAAAGGGGGAUUCAAAUAUACAGAAACGGUGGAAAGAACUUUCUAAAGAAGACUUAUGUCCUGCUUUUGAUCAUUCACCAACGAAAAUAAUGACGGAAAAAUACAAUGGGAACAGGAUAGGGCUAGAAGAAGAAAAACUGACAGGUGACAGAUAUACAGGACUGUCCUCCAGAAUGCAAGAUACUAUGGAGGAGAACAGUGAGAGUGUUCUACGGAAACGAAUUCGAGAAGACAGAAAAGCUAACACGGCUCAGAAGGUGCAGCAGAUGAAACAGAGGCUAAAUGAGACUGAACGAAAAAGAAAAAGGCCAAGAUUGACAGACACCUAAAUAUUCAUGACUUGAGAAUAUUCUGCAGCUAUAAAUUUUGAACCAUUGAUGUGCAAAGCAAGACCUGAAGCCCACUCCGGAAACUAAUGUGAGGCUUGAUAAACCUGUAGAUUGCCUCACAUUUGUCUGUUUACAAAGUAAACUUUACAUCCAGGGAAAGAAGAGCACCACCAGCAGAAGACUUUGCAGAACCCUCUAAUUUGAUGUAUUGUUAAGUUUUUUAAUGUGUGUUUGAGAUGUGGAAAGAUGUCAAAGAAAUAAAUUAGGAGAGACUACUUUGUAUUGUACUGCCAUUCCUACUGUAUUUUUAUACUUUUUGGCAGCAUUAAAUAUUUUUAUUAAAUAGA